GUGUCUUACCUGUUCCAGGUGGUGAUGUUGGCCAUGUACAAUCUGUCUCUGGAGGGGACGGGCCGACAGGGCUACUUCAGGUGGAAGGAGGACAUCUGUGCUUUCAUUGGCCGACACUGGAACUUCCUGCUGGGAACAAGGAAGAAGACGUCCACGUGGUGGAGCACGGUGGCCGGGUGCCUGUCCGUCGGCAGCCCCACCUUCUUCAGGUCCGGGGCGCAGGAGUUCGGAGAGCCCGGCUGGUGGAAGCUGGUCCACAACAGACCCCCGACCCUGCGGCUGGAGGUGGACAAAUCCACCACCAAGGCUAAAGGUAAGGGGGGGGGGGACACAUACACACUUCAUCCCUGA